AUGCCGGUCAGUCGUCGCCGUUUCUUCGCGAUCAGAACUCAUUCGACAUGGUACUCAGCCGGUUGUAUUCCAGAAUACGAAGUGGUCGCGUUGAGCUACUUUGUCCGUUAAUUUCAUCCCAGACGAAAAAUGAUAUCAGAGAGCUACACUUUACGUAUCGCCCCGACCCCAAAACGGAAAACGCUGGGAAGACCGAAAAAUUGAACAUGUUUCAAGCAAUAAACAGUGGUCUUGGAAUUGCCUUGGAGAGAGAUCCAUCCGCAGUGAUUUUCGGAGAGGAUGUCGCCUUUGGGGGAGUUUUUCGAUGUUCGAUGGGCUUGCGAGAACGAUUCGGAGCCGAUCGCGUAUUCAACACGCCAAUUUCCGAGCAAGGCAUCGCCGGUUUUGGAAUCGGCUUGGCUAAUGCCGGGGCAACCGCUAUCGCGGAAAUACAGUUCGCGGACUACAUAUUUCCUGCAUUCGAUCAGUUGGUGAACGAGGCUGCCAAGGUGAGGUACCGAAGUGGGGGAAUGUUUGAUUGCGGAAAGCUGACGAUUCGUGCCCCAUGUGCAGCAGUCGGUCAUGGCGGGCUCUAUCACUCGCAGAGCCCGGAAGCCUACUUUGCCCACACGCCGGGACUCAAGGUCGUGGUGCCACGUGGACCGAUUCAGGCGAAGGGUCUUCUGCUCGGUUGCUUGGAGGAACCGGAUCCUUGCAUAAUCUUCGAGCCGAAAGCUCUGUACCGUUUGGCCGUGGACGAGGUACCGAUCGGUCAUUACAAAACUGCCAUCGGUCGAGCCGACGUGCUGAGAAAAGGAGAUGCCGUGACUCUCGUAGGCUGGGGCACUCAGGUGCACGUACUGCAAGAGGCGGCCGAUCUUGCCCAAGAGGAGCUCGGCGCGUCCUGCGAGGUCGUGGACCUUGUCUCCGUGCUGCCCUGGGACCUGGAGACCGUCUGCGAGUCCGUGAAGAAGACCGGUCGAUUGGUCGUCACCCACGAGGCUCCUCUCACCGGGGGAUUCGGAGGCGAGAUCGCGGCGACGGUGCAGGAGGAGUGCUUCCUGUACCUCGAGGCUCCCGUUCAACGAGUCACCGGAUGGGAUACCCCGUUCCCCUGCGUCUUCGAACCCUUUUACGUGCCGGACAAGUGGCGGUGUCUCGCAGCUAUUAAAAAGGUCCUGAAAUACUGACGCCUCCUGAGGACGUCGGCUCGCAGGAAUCGGCCAAACCCGUUCCAGCCAUCCCGAGCACCGCUCGAUUGACGCUCUCGUGGUUCGCCUUAAUCGGCCCGAAGAAACCACCUUAUCUCCGGCAAUCUCCCAUGGAACAUGGCGAAGGAUACCACUCGAGGUGGAAUCCGGUACCCAGGAUUUCGUUUCGACUAGCCAAGGAUCCGUCGCGACAUUUACUCUCUCGCCGAUGCCGCAAAUCUUCCAGCGACUCGGCGAAGGACGUUCGCAAAAGGAUUCCAACACGUGGAAGAAUUCGAGUAGGGUGGCACCCGAACCGGAUCUCGAAAUUCGUCGAUAUGUCAAGAUCCCGUUGAGACAUUGCAUAUCCAUUUUUGUUACGCGGAAAGUCAUGGAAUAAAGUGUACGUUAAAAUCCCCCCGGCGAAGGGGUACAGCUACAAAUUGACCCGGACGGUUCCUUCCUGGACUUUCUCGACUCGAUCGCGGCCAAUCGGCGACGUUUCGCUCCUUCGUCGGAAUUGACCGAUCAAAUUCCGCUCGCUCCUCGAGUUCUUCCGAGGCGUUUGCAUUUUCCGACGCAAAUCCUCCGCGAGUUCUUGCUUUGCCAGACGCGAUCGCGCGGCUAACGAGCUCUCGUAUCGACGCGUCGCGACGUCGACGAGGAACCGAGUCGGUUGUCGGAGGGGAAUGCGAAUAACGAGCGGCUCCUCCGAGGAGUCGCUCUUUUUCUUCCUCCUGUAGACGUCCAGCGGUCGCAUGCGAACUCCUCGAGUAACUGGGUCGUGGUGUUCUCGCUGGUCCGCGAAGUUCUCCACUUUUUCGGCGACCCUUGGUCGAAGUACCGACUUCGCGUAACCGGCGUCGGUAAACCCGUAUGCGCGUCGCGUCGAAACGCGAUAGCCACCCCUGUCCUCGUCGCGGGUUCGCCGAGAUACGCUUUCCCUUAUCGAGGGCAGCGGCACGAUAAGCGACAUUGACACGGAUGCGGCUCGCACGGCAAUACGGUAAACAAGAACGCGAACGAGGCUCGCGCGUCGGAUCUCGCAUGUACUCGGUGUACCGAUAUCUCGCGACGACUCGAACUCCACCGCGUAAACGCCUAAUCGGUCCUUGAGGAAGACCCGAUCCGCCAUACGCGCCGAUUUAAGGUGAAGUGAAACACGUCGAGGAACUCGAUCGACGUCGAUAAAGAAGAUUUUCCUAAAUACCAACGUUGCCGACGUUCGUUUUUAUAUUGACGGCUGGGUCAAAUUAUAUUGGGUAAUGCGCUAAAUAGCAUACUUCACUUGUCGUUUUUGUACCAUAAUGAUAAAAAAAUCUAAGUAAAACUUCAGAAAUCCUCUGGA